AUGUUUAUAAUUAACAUCCUAACACUUAUCCUCCCCAUCCUCCUGGCCGUAGCAUUCCUAACACUAGUAGAACGCAAAAUCCUAGGCUACAUGCAAUUCCGAAAAGGACCAAACAUCGUAGGCCCACAUGGCCUGCUCCAACCAUUCGCUGAUGCAAUCAAACUAUUCACCAAAGAACCCCUACGACCAGCCACAUCCUCCACUACCAUGUUCAUUAUUGCACCCGUACUAGCCCUGACCCUAGCCCUCACCAUGUGAAGCCCCUUACCCAUGCCUUACCCCCUCAUCAAUAUAAACCUAGGAGUAUUAUUUAUAUUAGCAAUAUCCAGCCUAGCCGUCUACUCCAUCCUAUGAUCCGGCUGAGCCUCCAACUCGAAGUACGCACUAAUUGGAGCCUUACGAGCAGUAGCACAAACAAUUUCAUAUGAAGUAACAUUAGCCAUUAUCCUCCUAUCUGUACUCCUAAUAAACGGUUCCUUCACCCUAUCAACACUAGCCACAACACAAGAACAUCUAUGACUAAUCUUCCCAACCUGACCCCUAGCCAUAAUAUGAUUCAUCUCUACCUUGGCAGAAACUAACCGAGCCCCCUUCGACCUAACAGAAGGAGAAUCAGAACUCGUAUCCGGCUUCAACGUAGAAUACGCAGCAGGCCCUUUUGCUCUAUUCUUCCUAGCAGAAUACGCCAACAUCAUUAUAAUAAAUAUAUUCACAGCUAUCCUAUUCCUAGGAACAUUCCACGACCCUCACACUCCAGAACUAUAUACAACAAACCUCAUUAUCAAAACACUACUUCUCACAAUAUCCUUCCUAUGAAUCCGAGCAUCCUACCCCCGAUUCCGAUACGACCAACUAAUACAUUUACUCUGAAAAAGUUUCCUUCCCCUGACACUAGCCCUCUGCAUAUGACACAUCUCACUACCAAUUAUAACUGCAAGCAUCCCCCCUCAAACGUAA